UUAAUACGAAAGAUACUCGAACUAUUUUCACGAUGUUUGUACUGUGAGAUUCGAUUGCAAUAUAAACUUAUACAGGAAGUAGGAAAACUUUUAAUGUGGGAGUGUUAAAAGGUUUAUUGCGGGAAUGGAAUUUAAUUCUCAACGCAUUCAAUAUAUUUUUAUCGAAUUACCACGUGCAACAGUUGAGUUGUAAAUCGCUAGUUACUUCACGUACGUUUUUAUGAUCACUUUCUGUUAAGAGAUCAUGAGUUAGUAUAUUGUAUUUUUUACAAUGCAUCUUAGUUAAUCCCAUUAUCGGAAUUUUCUCGCUGUCAUCAGUAUGGACAUGAACGGCGCAGAGACGUACGACGAAGACCUAAACGAUCAACCAGUGGAUUACAGCAAAAAAUACAUCGAGAGAAACGCUCCGUCGCAAACUCAACGUUUAGCCAACGGCUCGCAAACAAAUCGCGUCUUAAAGAAGGAGUUUGACAAGUGCGACAACAAGGUUGAUUUAUUCAGCGACUAUGCCGAAACCGAUCUCGAUCAGCCCACAGAUUACAGCUUGCGAUAUGCUGAGGACGACACCGACGAGGAAGAGAAACAGAGCGCCGAGUACUUUCAUGGCAGCGAACAAGAAGAUACUGUUAAAACAUAUUGUACAGAGGGAACCCCUUAUGAGACACCUUUCAACUUUUCCACGGCUACUUCUAUGUCGGAUCUCCGAGUUGAAGACAUGAAGGAGAACGAACUUGUGAAAAAGAUACCGAAGAAAACAAUCCAAGUAACUAACAAAAGUCCUGUGUCCUUCAUCAAGCAGACUGAAACUCUUAGUUGCGAUGAACAAGAUAAUCUGAUAACAAAAGAGCUUGAGGAAGAGAAUCCAAAAGAUGAUGUGGUUCUUAAUCCUGGUCAAGUUACUCCAGAAAAGAUAGUAAGUUAUUAUGAGGAGGAGGAAACAUCGCGUGGCUUUUCACGUGCUAAUUCACUUAGUUCUCUGAGUAGUGCAAUGACUCCUCAGAAUAAUAUUACAGGAGUUAUAUCAAAAGAAGAUUUAUCUCCUCCUACAAAUAAAGAAGAAUUGGAGAAUAAUCAUAAUGUUGUAAGAUUGAGUAGUAAUCAAAUAGAAUUAUCUUCGGUAAGCGAUAGUUCUUCUGAGAACAAGAAUAGUCCACGUGUAUUAGAUAAAGAAGGAAAAAUGGUGACAUUUGGUGGUCAAGAUUACUAUGCAGAAGAAACUCCUUUAAUGUUUUCACGUUGUAGUUCUUUGGGCUCUUUAAGUGGAUUUGAACAAUAUUCCAUCCAUGAUGAUCGCAGUUCUGUAAUCAGUGAUUUUAGUCGUAGAACUAGUGGUGUAGUCUCUCCCAGUGAACUGCCAGAUUCACCUACACAAACUGUUUUACCCAGUCCACGUAAUCAUAAAAUUCAAAAUACAGAAUUUAUAUCAAAGAUACAAGAAGAAGCAGUAAGACCAUCAGUUCGACAUUUAUUAUUUCCUAAACAAGACACCAUAAGAAAUAGUGUUUUUGAAGAUGACAUUGCUACUUUUAAGGAAGAAUCGACACCAAUUGAGUUUUCCAGUGCGACCAGUCUAAGCUCUCUUACAAUUGAUGAUGAAGUCAAGAUACCUGACAAUACCAAAACAUAUUGUGCAAUGAAAGAAGUAUUUGAUACAAGUAAUAAAGAUAUUCAUAGACUUGAGACAGAUAUGCUUAAUAUGACAAUAAAUAACUCGGACAGUAAUGUAAAAGAGGAACAAGUAAGUGAUGGUGAUGAAGAUGAUGAGGAUAUGUUGGCUGCUUGUAUUAAUAUGGGAAUGCAAACCAAUAGAUUAGAAUCACAUACAACUCCUGUUAAGCCUGUUGAUACUUCAAAAACAAAUAGAACUGUGAUGGAGAUGAUUACUUCAGACACUGUACACGUGUAUUGUACGGAAGAUACACCUGCUGAUAUUUCUCCAGUAGGAUCUCACUCCAAUCUAUCUGCUCUUUCAAUGCCAAGUGUACAAGAGGAGAUUAUAUGUGAGCAAGACAAAUCAACUGAGAUUGAUUGCCACAGAAAUAAUUUGUUUGAUGAAAAUUCUAAUCUUUCGGGUGAAGAUGAAAAAAUAUUAGAUGAAUGUAUUCAAUCCGGCAUGCCUAAGGCGAGGCAAAUAACUCCACCGCCAACAAAUGGCAUCUCGUUUGUUAAAAAAUCUGAAACACUGCCGCAUAAAUUUAACAUAUAUGGUACACCAUCAUCUUCACCCAUUGAGACAAAUCAUGGAAACAAAAAUUCUAUAUUGAGUCCUAAAUCGCCAAGUGGUGCAUCAUUGAGACAUCCAGACGAAUUUUCUGAUGAUAGUUUGAAUCAUUCAGAUGAUGAUGCAAUUUUGACGGAAUGUAUACAGUCUGCAAUGCCAAAGGCAAGAUUUAGUUUAUCAACCAGAUUACCAUUAACACAAGUUAUGGAAUCUAAAACGAUGAAUAUACAAUCUUCCACUUCAUCAACAUUUUUUCAGCCAAAACAUGUGGAACAAAGGAAAAAUAUAGUGAAAAAGCUUUCAUCUUUUGAAGAUAAUGUUGAGCUUUCUGAAGAAGAGGAAGAUAUUAUGUUAGCACAAUGUAUUAGGUCUGGAAUGCCAAAAGCUUUAAAUUCGAUGCCAUCAACAUCAGUGGCAUCUAUAGCCAAAAAAUCUGAAACAUCAUUGAAAGCUACGGGCAAUUUCUCUACUCCUUCGUCUUCAUGCUUUACGAACAAGGCUCAUUUUCCUAGAAACACUAUGCAAUAUUCAUCAUCAUAUAAAUCUAUGAAUAUUAAUAACACAGCGGAUAUGCGUUUUGCCAAAAACGUACCUAGCAAUUUUAACUAUUUUCCUGAGAAAGCAACGAGCAGUAAUGUAGCACAGACCGGUCAGAUGUUAAAAAACUCUGAUAACAUUACGCGCGAAAGAAUAAACAAUUCACCGCAUUGCGCUCGAAGAUCACCGCUUCGUCAUACGGAGAAUCGGAACAAUAUUACCGUUGAUAAUUUUUGUAUGCCCUUGCGAUCUCGCGUUGUAAAAUGUGUGCCGACUUUUAAUAGGAUCGAAAACGACGACGAUUACACAUGUAAAAAUCAUAAUACGAUAAAAUCUAACACGAUGCCUUCGCGCCAUAGUUCGAUAAGUUCUCUCAAUGAAGAAAGUUCACUUAUUUCGACGGAAGAAUGGGCUCUACUAGAGUUGUGCAUAACUUCCGGUAGAAACAAGUGUCGUCUUAAGGGAACAAAGCCUAAUGAGAGUACAAUUUCAAAUGGUCACGACGACUGUGAACCAAUACCGGAGGACAAUUAUUCGGUGUGCAGUUAUAAUUCUUAUGUAUGUAAAACAUAACACAUGCAGAUGCGCGUGUUAUAUUACACUUUCUCUUUCUUCCUCUGUUUGACAAUUUGUAUAUAUAACAUUAAAGACUGGUAUU